AUGAUGGACAAUUUCGAGCCCUUUCUAGAAAAUAUGAUGGGAUUAGUCUCUCCCUUUGCUGGAGUUCAUAACCUUGACUUAUCUCCAGAAUCUUCUUCCGAUGCAACUGGAAACCGACAAAUCUGGGGUCUACCAACUCCAAGUGACGGGCCGUUUGCUCCAUCAUCGAUUUCGGAUAUAGAAAUUGCUUCUGUUCGAGCCUAUCGAAGCGAAGCUGAGAUUGCCAAUGCCUAUUAUAUCUACAUUCACCCAUAUCUCCCGCUUCUACCCUCUUCGGUUGUUCCGCACCAUGAAGAUCAGCCGAGCGUCUUUCAGCCUCCAGGGGAAUCUACAGAGCCCAGGAAGGCCGACCUUCCAUACUGGCCGGAGUCUUCCUUGGCUCUUGCUCUAUCCGCAAUACUAGUCCUGAUUCCUCCAUCCCAACAUCUGAGUCAAAUUGAAGAACCCAAUUUCGCACUCAGAAGAUCCUAUGCACAGCUGUUCGCCCAAUCAGCGCUUAUCAACGUUGAGAAGGAAAUUGACGACUUGGGCCCAUCGUCAAGAUUUCACCUCGAGAACACGAUGUUUCGGAGCUCUUCGCUUCAUCCUGAUCUACCAAUUCAGCUUGAUCCUAUUCUAGCGCUCGUUGUCCUUGCCAUUUACGAGUACGUUCAGCGUGGCAACGUAUCGCGGAUGCGAGCCCGUAUAAACCAAGCUGUGACAACAGCUAUGGAUAUCUCUCUUCAUGCGCUCGGUGAAACUACAAAUGAGUCUUCAGAGGCCCAAAGAAGGGCCUGGUGGAUAGCCAUGUUUGUUGCCUACCUGUCCUCCAACGUUCAUCUUGCCCCACCAGUUAUAGCCUCAGACGAUGCACGAAUAACAACACCCUAUCCCCGCUUCGAUGUACAUCUAGAGCCCUGGAAUCUUAUGAUCCUGGCGCAGAAGACACUUUUUGCCACUCAUCAAAUGGCUCAGAAGAUCGAGAGCUCGGUCGACUCUGCUCGUCCAGCUGAUAUUGGAACACAAAUCAAACAGCUGGAUUCAACUAUUGUGUCUGUGAUGACUGAGUCAGAUCGCUAUCUUCGAACACAUUUUGGUACCGAAUAUGAAGAGCCGAUUGCGGAAAACAUGUGGAGAGUCAGUCGAAUCCUCAUCUACACCGCUCGUAUUCGCCUUCAUCGUUUCAGAGCCUUCAUGGAUAUCCCAUUAUUCUUGGACAAAUACUGCGAUCUCGCGUCUAUUAACAGCCACGGUCUUUCUUCUACGCCUUCGCCCAUCUGGGUGGCUGAUAGCGAGACGACCUUUCCCUUCACUGAGCAAGAGUCUUCUACCAUUUGUCUUAAGGCCUCUCUCGUCGUCGCAACUUCCUUUCGCAAUCUUCCUUAUCCAAUCAUAUCCAGCAUGGCGCCCUGCGAAGGAGUCCCUACCCGCAACUGGCCCCAUACUCUCCCAUAUUUCGUUUGUUGCGCAAUGCAAAGUUGCUAUACACUUCUGAUGUUACUUCAUAAAGUCCGCGCAUUCCUUGCUACCGAUCGUCUGAGUAGUUGCUAUCAUUUACUUGACAAACCCGAGCCAAAAACGGAGGUUUCAGACGCAGAGAGGUUAACAGAGGAGUUACGUCACGGUGUUAAGUCUCUUGGAAUGUCUCUAAAGUCUGAUAUCGUUUUUGAAGGUGUCGGUGGUAUGGGGCGAGAGAUUGAAAGCGCAUAUCUGGCCGCAUUUCCAGAAUGCCUUGAGAUCUGA